GACCGGUCUUACUUUGCUUUGCGGUCCAGUUUCUCAAGAGGGAUGUGGUAUAAUGGGGUUGGGUCGGAGCAUUUUAUUUCACAAUCGUCCAAGACUUGGUCAGAGAAGGUUCGUGUUCCAGGUCCGGCGAAGAAACUUUGGAUACUCUUAUACAGCAUUGGAGCAACACCAAUAUAUCUUAGUGUAAUUACUUUCUUGGAAUACAGAGUUAUUCAUAAUAUAACAAAAUUUGAGGCACAUUUAAAAAAAAAUCCAGUUCUACUGUUUUUGGAAGAGCUUCUGCCAUUAUGUUCCCAGAUUUUGAAGACGAUAGACAAGGCUCUCCGUCAGCUGAAUUCUUUGGAGAUGUGAUGAAACAUGAUAGAAGCAGCACAGGACGUUUACCUAACUACCACCCACCCGACUCAACCAGUUCACACGCAUACACGGCGCCUCCUCCUACCCACCACCACCACCAGUACGACGACACAGCCGCGGACCACGUGACCUUCUCCCAUCCCGUCGGCGGCGCCACGGACGAGGAAAACGGUAUGAACGCAUUGAGGCACAGACGGCGACGCAGCCGUACCAUUUACACCAGGCUACAGCUCGAGAGCUUGGAGCAGGUGUUCAGGACGAACAAGUACCCAGAUAUCAACUCGCGAGAGGCACUGGCCGAUGCAGUCGACCUUACUGAAGCCAGAGUCCAGGUUUGGUUUCAAAAUCGUCGAGCGCGGGAAAGACGUCUUGAGCGUUCCGGCAAGAGUUCUCCUGAAGGCCGUCACAGCCCCAUCUACCAACAACAAGCAACUGGAUUUAAGAUCCCCCACGACCGUCAGUAUUUCUAUGGUGUCGUCGGGGACGACGCUGCACGUUUGAAGACUAAGACCGAUGGCAAGCAGAUAUUCAAGCAAGAAAUCAACGACAGUUCUAGCGUGAAGACAUCAAAGAUUUCCUCUCUGAUGUCCAUCGAGUUUUUAUCAAAGAGUAGCCGCGAUGAAGAGUCCGCAGCCAGGACUAAGCCGUCUCUCCAUAAACAUUACUAUCAGCAGCAGCUUUCUUCUUAUCCAACAUCAGCAUCUCUUCAAGCCCAAUCAGCUCUCCAUGCUCACGUUAAAGACACUUCUGCCUCAGGGAACGGUCAGGCAACACGACACCACUCUCCAUCUCUGCCCAGCGACGAUGCUGAUGUCGGUAGGGACUACCAGCAACUCACAUCGUAUCCCUAUUAUCCUAACACUGAAGCAUCGUUAAAGUACGCUUUCUAUCUGGGAAUGCCUCUUGUAUCCUUCCAACCGAUGGGUUGCAAAGAUGAACAAUUACAGAAAUGAACAAGGGAAAGAGAAGAAAUUGCACGAGUUUAAAGGAGCCGGGGGUUGGCGGAAGGGUUUUUAUCAGAACUCUGCAUGUAUACAAUCCCUCUUUUGCACAGCUUGCAUAGUUUUGUCAAGUCUACAUGCAGUACACAAUGACUUAUCGUCUGAGCAUCAUUGUCGAUUAAUGAAGUUUAAUAUAAUCUUGAUAAACAUUCAGAAUGCUUGCUAUAUUGAAGUAUCUUCAAUAACAACAUUUUAUAUCUUUAGAUUUGUGAACUAUAAUAUAUAAUAAAAAUAGUUUCUGCCUGUGUACCGUCCAAAACUACUUUGGAUACUUUUUUAAUUAAUGCUUAUGGAAUUAUGUCAUUCCUUUACAAAAAUGUCAUAAAUCUAUCAUGCAUAAUCAUUGAGCACAAUGCAACUGCAUUUUUUAAAAAUGUGACUCAGCAGAUAAUGUUUGAUUUUUGUAUAUUUUCUUUGUUCACCUUGAAAAAAAUAAGCCUUCGCCUAUCUUACAAACAUAACCAUUUAUCAUAUUACCUGUAUUUGCCAUAAUAUAGUCAACACCUUGCUCGAUAAGCCUGAUGAAAAUGUCUUACAUAAAAUAUUACUCAAAGUUUUCUGAAAUACGAAGAACGAUGUUUUACCUGUGUCGUGAUGAAAUAUGAAUUUAUUAAUUGUAUUUAUUGCUUUCAUUAUAUAUAUUAUUUCAAAUAAAAUGUGAAACUACAUGA